AUGGUCAACUUUGGCAACCUCCUUCAAUAUCUCGCCUUGCAAUCACCGCAUUCGGGCGACACCACCACAGACAGUAACAACACCACUCUCAAUCUUGCCAAGAUGGGUCUUACCGCCUACACUCUCCCGGCCUUGCCCUACUCCUACGAUGCUCUUGAGCCUCACAUCUCAGCCCAGAUCAUGGAGCUGCACCACAGCAAGCACCACCAGGCUUACGUGACCAACCUGAACAAGGCCCUCGAGUCGCACGUUGCCGCCGUCGCAUCCGACGAUGUGGCCGGCCAGAUUGCCCUGCAGCAGGUCAUCAAGUUCAACGGCGGCGGCCACAUCAACCACUCGCUGUUCUGGAAGAACUUGGCCCCGGCGGGGAGCAACGAGGCGAACCUGGACCGGGCGAGUAGCUUGGUGGCCGAGAUUGAGAAGACGUGGGGGAGCCUUGACGCUUUCAAGAAGGCCUUCUCCACGGCCCUGUUGGGGCUCCAGGGGAGUGGUUGGGGCUGGCUGGUCAAGGAGGCCGGGAACGGGGCCGGCUUGCGCAUCGUCACGACCAAGGACCAGGACCCUGUCGUUGGCGGGGAUGUGCCCAUCUUUGGGGUCGACAUGUGGGAGCAUGCAUAUUACCUCCAGUAUCUGAACGGGAAGGCGGCGUACGUUAAGAAUAUUUGGAACGUUAUCAACUGGCAAACCGCCCAGGAACGCUUCUCGGGGAAGUCUGAUGAGAAAACUGAACUUUAA